GACUUUGCUGCUAUGGGUGAAUAUUCUUAUCAAAAUCUUCUACGUUCUAGAUUCAAAACACUAUAUAUUAGUUCCUAGUGCGGAAUAGAGUAAAUCAUGGCUGCUAGCAACGUCUCUGAAGCAGGAGAGAUUUCAUUGGCUGAACUGGUACAGGAUCGGAUGGAAUGGAAGUCCCUGGUUCUUUGGCGUCGCCCUGUACAGACUUUGAAGUUUGGUGGCCUGGAGGCCGGUCAUUUGUUGGUAUCCUUCAUCGCAAAGCUGUUGAAUCUGUGGCUAGUGGGCGGUCUGCUGCUGUUGGGCAUGUUUUGUUUACUGCCAGGACCUCAUGCAGAUUUCGUGAUUUUCUGCCAGCAGAGGUUUGGAUUUGCGGUUUACUGGCUGGGCCUGGGUGUGCUCUCAUCUGUGGGGUUUGGCACCGGGCUGCACACCUUUCUGCUCUACCUGGGACCCCACCUGGCAGCAGUCACUCUGGCCGCCUACGAGUGCCAGACGCUGGACUUUCCCACUCCUCCGUAUCCGGACUUGAAGGUCUGCCCACAGGAGCCGUACAAGCGCAAUUACCCAGAUGAGUGGCAAAUUUUGGCAAAGGUGCGUCCGGAGGCGCUACUCUGGGGCAUUGGCACUGCUCUUGGUGAGCUGCCGCCGUACUUUAUGACACGUAGAGCACGGCUCUCCGGCAAGGAGUUGAAUGGAGCGGAGGAGCAAAAGUUAUUGGCUGAAAAGCGAAGGUGCGGAAAGCUAGGCAUUUUCGACCAUGCCAAGCUGUUCAUGGAACGGGUGAUGCGAAGAGUGGGCUUCCUGGGAAUACUAUUCUGCGCCAGCAUACCCAAUCCUCUGUUCGACCUGGCCGGCAUAACGUGCGGACACUUUUUGGUGCCCUUUUGGAAGUUCUUUGUGGCCACCCUGAUCGGCAAGGCGUUGGUCAAGGCCACCAUACAGCAGUUGUUCGUUAUCGCGUCCCUAACCGAGAGUCUAGUCGAUAGGUUUGUGGUCGGUCUGGGCAAGCUACCCUAUGUGGGACCUCCAAUGCAGCGCAUGAUCAGGGAACUGCUGCGAUCAACGAAACAGCAGAUGCAUGGAACAGUCAAUUCCGAUUCCCUGGCCUACCUGAGCUAUCUGGUUCGGGCGUUCGAGCUGUGUGCCCUCAUCAUGGUCACCUGUUUCGUAGUAUCCUCACUGAACUGCCUCGCACAAAUCCAUUGCAAGCGCAAGCAGGAGAAGAGGCGCAAGAUGCGGAACCUGGAGAUGAUCCUCUAUGCCGAUACGGAGGCAUCAUCGUCGGAGGAGUUCAGCGUCUAAACAGCAGAUACUGCUAUGAAGUUAGAGAUAACUAAUCACUGAAUUUGUAGACUUAAGUCUUGUAAUGUCCUAUAUCCUUAAUCAUCAGUCAGAGAAACACUUGAAUUUAACGUUUUAUAUUCUUUAUUUUAAUAUAAUUAGUUUCUUUUGGAUUUGGGUUCUGUUUUCUGCAUGGUUCUGAUGUCUGAUGUGUUCUGUGGAUGAUCUGUGUGUCUGAGUGUGUUUGAUGCCAUCGUAAUUAUUAUCAUUGUACAAUUACAUUUAUAUUCAACAGCAAUUUAACACAAAGCUAAGCAUUACUUUACGCGAUCCCCUAGGCUCAUUCAUUCGAUUUUUUUGGUUUAGUAUGAUCUCCCAGUUAUUUCCCUCGCUGUUAGUUAUGCAAUCAUUUUAGUUUGUAUUUAACCCAAGGCAAUAAAUCUAGAAAUUGUGAUCUUUCUGUAAUUGGAAUGCGUGCGGUAAAUGAACUGAAUUGGGAAAACUCCCUAGAGGAGUUAAGAAUUCGGCAUUGGUUCUAUGGCAAAAUAUUGAUAUUGACUAACAUUUGCACUACGAUUUGCUGUCCGUGGCUCUUCUGCGGAUGUAUACCUAAUCAAUCUAAGCUUUAAGUAGCCUUUAAGCCCAUUGUUAUCCUUCGAGGGUAGGUAUCCUUGGCCCUCCCACACCAAAAAUUAUCCAAUUUACAAUCAGCGCGUACAUGGAUUGCCAUCGAACUUAAAGUACUCGUUAGUUAUCUGAAUCACACAUUUGUAUGAUCGUGUGUGGAUGUAGCAGGAGACUUUAAAAUGACAUUUUCGGAAUAUUCGGUUGCUAUUACUGGGGUACAUACACACAUGUACCAUACAUUUACAUAUACGCGUAAUAAUUAGAGUUAGACUAAUUGCGGCAAAGUCUUUUCGAGAUUGAGAGACAAUAGAAGGUAGAAAAUGAUUCUUAACACAUUGUAACACUUACACUGGGAAACGAAAAG